AUGGCGGACGGGGGGAGUGUUUCGAGGCGGAGUGUGUGGAGGAAGGUGUUGUUCGAGAAGCAGGAGUAUGCUGACAAUUAUGUGGACGCGAGUUUUUUACAGGAGAUGCGGAAGAAUGUUAGUACGGAGACCUACGGUUUAAAUUAUUUAGUGUGGCAUUCUGGCGUAGUAUCUCAGCAAAUAAGCAGUGUGGCAAUUUUUGCUGUUGUAUUUGCGCUCUUGGACAUGGAGUAUCUCCAUCCGACAACACUGUUUCUAUUGACUGCCAUUCUCUCUGGUUUUGCUGCACUGUUUUUAGUUUCUGUAGACAGCACGUCAUCUAUUGGCGAUCUCAAGACGUGUGUGAUAUUCACUGUUGCCUUGUACGGAUUAUCGCCCGUGUUAAAGACUCUCACCGAGUCUAUCAGUACAGACACGAUCUAUGCAAUGACUACGUUUAUGCUUCUUGUUCAUCUUUUGUUUCACAACUAUGGAGCUGAAGGAGCAAUGGUUUCUCAUGCCAUCUCUCUUAACUCAGCAACAUUUGCCUCUGUAUGUCUGGCUUCUCGUCUCCCAACAGUCUGGCACGUGUUUGUAACCAUCCUCUUUGCUAUCUCGCUGUUUGCACUUGGGCCACUGACACGACUCAAGCUAAAGAUGUGGCGACCUUCGUUUGACUUUGUUUCUACUGCUCUGCUGGGUGUUGUGUCAACAGUGGCAGUUUUCUCUCUCUCAACAAGUCUCACUGUUUUACUUGCCAUUGCACACGUUGCUGUCAUAUUUCUUUGCCCUCUUUGGCUGUUUAGACUGCAGAAGCUAAAGAACACUAUCCAUGGACCGUGGGACGAAGCAGUCAUCACUGAGUGAUGAACGGAAAUGACUGAUAUUACAACAUAUAUAGCUGUAUCAGCUGCCCAUUAUGGUAUACAGCGUAUACUGCAACAAUAUGGAGAACAUGUACAUACAAUGAGCACACAAACUUCAGGCAAUUGACUCCCUUAGCAUUA